GCCGUACGAUGAUCUAGCCGUUGCCAUUAACCUAAUCAAAUCCGCGCGUUGCCCCCGGCCGUCUAGUGGUUUCCAGGCGAGCACUCGCGUCCGCGAACCUGCUUUCCACGGACACCAUCAUUCGACGGCCCUGAUGUCCGCCACUCCGGCCGCAAGCUUUUCCCAAAAUUGCCCGCCCCUUUCCGCCUUAUAUAUUGUGCACGUACUGCUCCUCAGUGGCAGCAGGUCAUCGAUUUGCUUCGUUUAGGGAGGAAGGGAAGGAGGAUAUGGCCGGGCUGCAGAGGUCGGCGCAGACCUUCCGGAGGUCGGGCUCGUCGGGGCUGGUCUGGGACGAGCGCUUCCUCACCGAGGGCGCCGAGGACGGCGGCGGCGGCGCGCCGCUGGGGUCGGAGCCUCGUCGGCCGGAGCUGCGGCACUCGCGGAGCGUCGGCGUGCUCCGGCGCGGCGAGGCGGGUGCGGAGCACGGCGACAAGAAGCGGACGAGGCUGGUGGUGGCGGCCAAGCCGAAGCAGAAGGACCAGCAGAGGAAGCAGCAGCAGCAGGAGGAGAAGAUGGUGCCUGGCGCGGGCAGGAAGGCGUUCCGGUCGAGGGACGUGGCCCCUGCCGCCGAGCCGCCGUCGCCGAGGGUGCCCGCCGGCUGCUGCGCGCCCUGCGCCAUAUUCCGGGGCUCCGGCGGCGCCUCGUCGUUGCUGGCGCGGCGAGCCAAGCCCAGGAAGCGGUAGGGAAACCACCAAUCACGGCGCAUCAAUUGUAAUAAGCUCUUCAACAAAAGCAUGAGCGUCAAAUUGCAAAAGAUGACGAGGUUUGAGUUGUGAUCGCACACUGGCUGCGCGUUUGGAACUCUUUGGUUCUGAUGAAUAAGUUCCAUCAGAGGAAACAUUUCGAUUUUGUAUGUGAAUCUGUUCAAAUAAACAGGUCCCGGCCGGAUCGAGGGACGUGUGCGGCACUGUUCUUCGUGCU